CUCUUUUGGGUUCCUGCAAGGAGGAGUCAGACCACCCGACACACCACUCCCUUUGUCUGCAAUGACCUAAAACCUUCGGCUCUGUGAGGCUGCAAGGAAGCAGGCAUGCCGUGCAGAGCAGAGCUGGACCAUUUACUCCUCAUUCAGGGAAGGAUGUAGAUUUUGCUUCUCCUGACGACUGGAGGAUGUGUCGGCGCAUCACUCUCUCAUAGACGCAUCUCAGAAAAUCACAAACCUUCCAUCUUCUUGACUGUGGACUGAUUCUACAAGAGACUAGAGACAGCGCCUCUGGAAAAGGAUCAGAGGCUGUCAGCCUGUCACUCUCUUUCUUUCUUUCUCUUUCUCCGAUAUUGCUGUGUCAACACAAUCCACCAAGAUGUGCGACUGCUUUCAUCUAGUACUUCCUAACUGGCCCGGAUCUCCAGCCAGUGCUUCUGGCAGACAACUGAGGCCGGAGGACACGGAGGCGGAUGGAGAGGCCGAUGUGGAAGAUGAUUCUAUCAAUGAUGAGGAAGUGACAACUGAAAACAUACGACCAAGACCACAGGGGUCUUCUCCAGUUUACGAAUACUGCAUAGACGACGAAUAUUUUAACAAAAAGCUUCAACAAGACAGAGAGAACAGACAAAGAAGGGAUUCUUCUAUCAAAAUGAGUGAAUCACAGGAAUCUAUGGAGGUGACCCUGCAAACAGAAGUGGAAUCUGGAGCAAGUGGAUUUAGUGUGGCUGGUGGUGGAAGUGAAGGGAUAUUUGUGAAGCAAGUCCUCAAGGAAUCUCCAGCAUCAAAGGUCUUCAGUCUAAAGGAAGGUGAUCAACUUUUGAGUGCCACAAUUUUUUUUGAUAAUAUCAAAUAUGAAGAUGCACUCAAAAUUCUGCAAUAUUCCGAGCCAUAUAAAGUACAAUUCAAUCUUAAAAGGAAGCUCGUUGGGAAGGAAGAGAUGGAAUCAAUGUAUUCUGCAAAACAAUCUAAAAAGGAAAAACUCAUUCAGGGAAAGGAAAUUCUGGAAAUAUCUGAGAAGAUGGUUUCAGAAGAAGAUAAAGCAAACUUGAUUGUAAAACAAAGAGUGGGGAGGCCAAAAAGAACCAAAAAGGAUAGACUUUCUUGGCCAAAAUUCCAAUCAAUGAAAGGUAAAAGGAUUUUGGGACACAGAAGAUCUCGUAGCACAUCAGAUGCAUAUGAGCAUACCAUUCCAGAUAUCUCUCCAACAAGUACAGAUACAGAAUCACAAUUUCAACAAGAAGAACUCCAUGCAAAGAUUAAAAAAGGAAGUCAAAAGAGAUUGAAAUUUCCUAGUAUAGGGUUCAAAAUGUAUAAAAGUAAACAAGAAACAGAGGAGAGGACAAAAUAUGAAGUAAAACCACUUACUGAAUUUGAAAAUGACACUACUGGAGAAAUCACAGAAUUAAUCACAACACAAUACUCUACAAAGUGGGAUGAACAUGGAAUGAAAGAAGGGAAGGAAAAGCAUGUAAUAACUGUAAUGGAAACAAAACCUGAAUUACAACAUCCUCCCAAAAAAUGCCCUGAAGUUGAACUAACUAUUAAAAAACCAAAGGACAAGAAAAUGAAAUCUGGAAAAGCUACAACAGAAACAGAAACGGCAAUAAUAACAUCACAAAUAAUGUCAGCAUUACAAACAAAUGAAGGACAACCAAAGAUGGCAACACAAUCACUUCCAAAAACACGAAAAAAGAAGCACAAAGGAUCAAAAGAAAAAAUUGAAUUAGAGACAGAAGGCGAAAAAGGGAAAAAACAAAAACAAGGAAUCAAGGAAAAAACUGCAGAAAAAAUAAAAGAUGCAAACAUUAUGAUAACACCUCCCCACAUGAGGGCACACAUUUCUGAAGCUACUUGUGAAGCUACAGGCCAGGCUUCCUUUCAACUAGAACCUCCAGAACUACAGGUGGAGGCAUCUUCAGAGCAAAUUGCUCUGGACAGUGCCAAAGUUAAGCUGGAAGACAUGGACAGCAAGUUUAAAAUGCCAAAGUUGCACAUGCCAAGGUUUGCUGUCUCCCUUCCAAAAGGAAAACCCACUCUAGAAGAGGAAACUGCCCUAUCUUCUAUGGAUACAGAAGUCAAUAAAAAAGAAAUGAAAGGUGAUGUGACACUGCCCUCAGUCACAGUUAAAGAGGACAUUAUGUUUCCCAAGGCUAAGACUGAAGCAAUGAGCUUGGAAGUAGAGGUUACAGAGAAGGGAAAAUUCAAAAUGCCAGAUGUCAAGAUGCCCAGCGUCCAAAUGCCCCAGGGCAAGACCCCACAAGUGGGAGUCAGCCUGCCCAAGGUGGAAGCUGACAUCUCCCUUCCCAAAGGCAAGAUCGAGCUGCCAGAAGGAGAGGUCUCUGUCAUGGUUUCCGAGGCAGAAGGCAGCGUAGGGGGUGGAGGAAUGAAAAUUCAUAUGCCAAAGUUCAAGAUGCCCAGCAUGGGCUUCUCCAAAACAGAUAUCAAAGGCCCCAAAGUUGAUGUAGACCUUAGCCUGCCAAAAGUGGAUGUCACACUUCCCUCCGCAGAUCUCAGCAUUACCAAACAAGAGCCGAAAACAGGUGACCUACAGGCAGAUAUCAGCGUCUCAGGUCCAGAUGUCCACGUUCCCUCAGGCGAGGCUACCCUGGAAUUGAAAGCACCAGAAUUACAAAUGGAGGCACCUGCGGCGCAGAUUGCACUAGAUGGCACUGAGGUAAAGCUGGAAGGCGUGGACAGCAGGUUUAAAAUGCCCAAGUUCCACAUGCCAAAAUUUGGUGUGUCCCUUCCCAAAGGAUGGUCAACCGCAGAGGGUGAAAUCGUCUUGCCGUCUAUAGAUGUUGAAGUCACUAAGCCAGAACUGAAAGCGGAUGUGGCCCUGCCAUCAGUCGGAAUUGAAGGUGACAUUAAGCUGCCCCAGGCUGAGAUCGAAGCUCCAAGCUUCGAAGUAGAGCUUGAAGAAAAGGGAAAAUUCAAAACGCCAGAUGUCAAGAUGCCCAGCGUCAAAAUGCCCAAGGGAAAGACACCACAAGUCGGAGUCAACCUGCCCAAGGUGGAAGCUGACGUCUCCCUUCCCAAAGGCCAGAUCGAGCUACCAGAAACAGAGGUCUCUGUCAAGGAUCCCAAGGCAGAAGGCAGCGUGGAGGGUGGAGGAAUGAAAAUUCAUAUGCCAAAGUUCAAGAUGCCCAGCCUGGGCUUCUCCAAAACAGAAGUCAAAGGCCCCAAACUUGAUGUAGACCUUAGCCUGCAAAAAGUGGAUGUCACGCUUCCCUCCGCAGAUCUCAGCAUUACCAAACCAGAGCUGAAAUCGGGUGACCUGCAAGAAGGUAUCAGCGUCUCAGGCCCAGAUGUCCACGUUCCCUCAGGCGAGGCUACCCUGGAAUUGAAAGCACCAGAAUUACAAAUGGAGGCACCUGCGGCGCAGAUUGCACUAGAUGGCACUGAGGUAAAGCUGGAAGGCGUGGACAGCAGGUUUAAAAUUCCCAAAUUCCACAUGCCAAAAUUUGGUGUGUCCCUUCCCAAAGGAUGGUCAACCGCAGAGGGUGAAAUCGUCUUGCCGUCUAUAGAUGUUGAAGUCACUAAGCCAGAACUGAAAGCGGAUGUGGCCCUGCCAUCAGUCGGAAUUGAAGGUGACAUUAAGCUGCCCCAGGCUGAGAUCGAACCUCCAAGCUUCGAAGUAGAGCUUGAAGAAAAGGGAAUAUUCAAAACGCCAGAUGUCAAGAUGCCCAGCGUCAAAAUGCCCAAGGGAAAGACACCACAAGUCGGAGUCAACCUGCCCAAGGUGGAAGCUGACAUCUCCCUUCCCAAAGGCAAGAUCGAGCUACCAGAAACAGAGGUCUCUGUCAAGGAUCCCAAGGCAGAAGGCAGCGUGGAGGGUGGAGGAAUGAAAAUUCAUAUGCCAAAGUUCAAGAUGCCCAGCCUGGGCUUCUCCAAAACAGAUGUCAAAGGACCCAAACUUGAUGUAGACCUUAGCCUGCCAAAAGUGGAUGUCACGUUUCCCUCCGCAGAUCUCAGCAUUACCAAACCAGAGCUGAAAACAGGUGACCUGCAAGCAGGUAUCAGCGUCUCAGGCCCAGACGUCCACGUUCCCUCAGGCGAGGCUACCGUGGAAUUGAAAGCACCAGAAUUACAAAUGGAGGCACCUGCGGCGCAGAUUGCACUAGAUGGCACUGAGGUAAAGCUGGAAGGCGUGGACAGCAGGUUUAAGAUGCCCAAGUUCCACAUGCCAAAAUUUGGUGUGUCCCUUCCCAAAGGAAAGUCAACCGGAGAGGGUGAAAUCGUCUUGCCGUCUGUAGAUGUUGAAUUCACUAAGCCAGAACUGAAAGAGGAUGUGGACCUGCCAUCGGUCGGAGUAGUAGGUGAGAUUAAGCUGCCCCAAGCUGAGAUUGAAGCCCCGAGCUUGGAAGUAGAGCUUGGAGAGAAGGGAAAAUACAAAAUGUCAGAUGUCAAGAUGCCCAGGGCCAAAAUGCCCAAGGGUAAGACACGACAAGUCGGAGUCAGCCUGCCCAAGGUGGAAGCUGACGUCUCCCUUCCAAAAGGCAAGAUCAAGCUACCAGAAGCAGAGGUCUCUGUCAAGGUUCCUGAGGCAGAAGGCAGCGUGGAGGGUGGAGGAAUGAAAAUUCAUAUGCCAAAGUUCAAGAUGCCCAGCAUGGGCUUCUCCAAAACAGAUGUCAAAGGACCCAAACUCGAUGUAGACCUUAGCCUGCCAAAAGUGGAUGUCACGCUUCCCUCCGCAGAUCUCAGCAUUACCAAACAAGAGCCGAAAACAGGUGACCUGCAGGCAGAUAUCAGCGUCUCAGGCCCAGACGUCCACGUUCCCUCAGGCGAGGCUACCCUGGAAUUGAAAGCACCAGAAUUACAAAUGGAGGCACCUGCGGCGCAGAUUGCACUAGAUGGCACUGAGGUAAAGCUGGAAGGCGUGGACAGCAGGUUUAAAAUGCCCAAAUUCCACAUGCCAAAAUUUGGUGUGUCCCUUCCCAAAGGAUGGUCAACCGCAGAGGGUGAAAUCGUCUUGCCGUCUAUAGAUGUUGAAGUCACUAAGCCAGAACUGAAAGCGGAUGUGGCCCUGCCAUCAGUCGGAAUUGAAGGUGACAUUAAGCUGCCCCAGGCUGAGAUCGAAGCUCCAAGCUUCGAAGUAGAGCUUGAAGAAAAGGGAAAAUUCAAAUCGCCAGAUGUCAAGAUGCCCAGCGUCAAAAUGCCCAAGGGAAAGACACCACAAGUCGGAGUCAACCUGCCCAAGGUGGAAGCUGACGUCUCCCUUCCCAAAGGCCAGAUCGAGCUACCAGAAACAGAGGUCUCUGUCAAGGAUCCCAAGGCAGAAGGCAGCGUGGAGGGUGGAGGAAUGAAAAUUCAUAUGCCAAAGUUCAAGAUGCCCAGCCUGGGCUUCUCCAAAACAGAUGUCAAAGGCCCCAAACUUGAUGUAGACCUUAGCCUGCCAAAGGUGGAUGUCACGCUUCCCUCAGCAGAUCUCAGCAUUACUAAACCAGAGCUGAAAUCGGGUGACCUGCAAGAAGGUAUCAGCAUCUCAGGCCCAGAUGUCCACGUUCCCUCAGACGAGGCUACCCUGGAAUGGAAAGCACCAGAAUUACAAAUGGAGGCACCUGCGUCGCAGAUUGCACUAGAUGGCACUAAGGUAAAGCUAGAAGGCGUGGAUAGCAGGUUUAAAAUGCCUAAGUUCCACAUGCCAAAAUUUGGUGUGUCCCUUCCCAAAGGAAAGUCAACCGCAGAGGGUGAAAUCGUCUUGCCGUCUGUAGAUGUUGAAGUCACUAAGCCAGAACUGAAAGCGGAUGUGGACCUGCCAUCGGUCGGAGUAGAAGGUGAGAUUAAGCUGCCCCAGGCUGAGAUUGAAGCUCUGAGCUUGGAAGUAGAGCUUGGAGAGAAGGGAAAAUUCAAAAUGCCAGAUGUCAAGAUGCCCUGCGCCAAAAUGCCCAAGGGAAAGACACAACAAGUCGGAGUCAGCCUGCACAAGGUGGAAGCUGAUGUCUCCCUUCCCAAAGGCAAGAUCGAGCUACCAGAAGCAGAGGUCUCUGUCAAGGUUCCUGAAGCAGAAGGUAGCGUGGAGGGUGGAGGAAUGAAAAUUCAUAUGCCAAAAUUCAAGAUGCCCAGCCUGGGCUUCUCCAAAACAGAUGUCAAAGGACCCAAACUUGAUGUAGACCUUAGCCUGCCAAAAGUGGAUGUCACGUUUCCCUCCGCAGAUCUCAGCAUUACCAAACCAGAGCUAAAAACGGGUGACCUGCAAGCAGGUAUCAGCGUCUCAGGCCCAGACGUCCACAUUCCCUCAGGCGAGGCUACCCUGGAAUUGAAAGCACCAGAAUUACAAAUGGAGGCACCUGCGGCGCAGAUUGCACUAGAUGGCACUGAGGUAAAGCUAGAAGGCGUGGACAGCAGGUUUAAAAUGCCCAAGUUCCACAUGCCAAAAUUUGGUGUGUCCCUUCCCAAAGGAAAGUCAACCGGAGAGGGUGAAAUCGUCUUGCCGUCUGUAGAUGUUGAAUUCACUAAGCCAGAACUGAAAGAGGAUGUGGACCUGCCAUCGGUCGGAGUAGUAGGUGAGAUUAAGCUGCCCCAAGCUGAGAUUGAAGCUCCGAGCUUGGAAGUAGAGCUUGGAGAGAAGGGAAAAUACAAAAUGUCAGAUGUCAAGAUGCCCAGGGCCAAAAUGCCCAAGAGUAAGACACGACAAGUCGGAGUCAGCCUGCCCAAGGUGGAAGCUGACGUCUCCCUUCCCAAAGGCAAGAUCAAGCUACCGGAAGCAGAGGUCUCUGUCAAGGUUCCUGAGGCAGAAGCCAGCGUGGAGGGUGGAGGAAUGAAAAUUCAUAUGCCAAAGUUCAAGAUGCCCAGCAUGGGCUUCUCCAAAACAGAUGUCAAAGGACCCAAACUCGAUGUAGACCUUAGCCUGCCAAAAGUGGAUGUCACGCUUCCCUCCGCAGAUCUCAGCAUUACCAAACAAGAGCCGAAAACAGGUGACCUGCAGGCAGAUAUCAGCGUCUCAGGCCCAGACGUCCACGUUCCCUCAGGCGAGGCUACCCUGGAAUUGAAAGCACCAGAAUUACAAAUGGAGGCACCUGCGGCGCAGAUUGCACUAGAUGGCACUGAGGUAAAGCUGGAAGGCGUAGACAGCAGGUUUAAAAUGCCCAAGUUCCACAUGCCAAAAUUUGGUGUGUCCCUUCCCAAAGGAUGGUCAACCGCAGAGGGUGAAAUCGUCUUGCCGUCUGUAGAUGUUGAAGUCACUAAGCCAGAACUGAAAGCGGAUGUGGCCCCGGCAUCAGUCGGAAUUGAAGGUGACAUUAAGCUGCCCCAGGCUGAGAUAGAAGCUCCAAGCUUCGAAGUAGAGCUUGAAGAAAAAGGAAAAUUUAAAACGCCAGACGUCAAGAUGCCCAGCGUCAAAAUGCCCAAGGGAAAGACACCACAAGUCGGAGUCAACCUGCCCAAGGUGGAAGCUGACGUCUCCCUUCCCAAAGGCCAGAUCGAGCUACCAGAAACAGAGGUCUCUGUCAAGGAUCCCAAGGCAGAAGGCAGCGUGGAGGGUGGAGGAAUGAAAAUUCAUAUGCCAAAGUUCAAGAUGCCCAGCCUGGGCUUCUCCAAAACAGAUGUCAAAGGCCCCAAACUUGAUGUAGACCUUAGCCUGCCAAAAGUGGAUGUCACGUUUCCCUCCGCAGAUCUCAGCAUUACCAAACCAGAGCUGAAAACGGGUGACCUGCAAGCAGGUAUCUGCAUCUCAGGCCCAGAUGUCCACGUUCCCUCAGGCGAGGCUACCCUGGAAUUGAAAGCACCAGAAUUACAAAUGGAGGCACCUGCGGCGCAGAUUGCACUAGAUGGCACUGAGGUAAAGCUAGAAGGCGUGGACAGCAGGUUUAAAAUGCCCAAGUUCCACAUGCCAAAAUUUGGUGUGUCCCUUCCCAAAGGAAAGUCAACUGCAGAGGGUGAAAUCGUCUUUCCAUCUGUAGAUGUUGAAUUCACUAAGCCAGAACUGAAAGCGGAUGUGGACCUGCCAUCGGUCGGAGUAGUAGGUGAGAUUAAGCUGCCCCAGGCUGAGAUUGAAGCUCCGAGCUUGGAAGUAGAGCUUGGAGAGAAGGGAAAAUUCAAAAUGCCAGAUGUCAAGAUGCCCAGCGCCAAAAUGCCCAAGGGUAAGACACGACAAGUCGGAGUCAGCCUGCCCAAGGUGGAAGCUGACGUCUCCCUUCCCAGAGGCAAGAUCAAGCUACCAGAAGCAGAGGUCUCUGUCAAGGUUCCUGAGGCAGAAGGCAGCGUGGAGGGUGGAGGAAUGAAAAUUCAUAUGCCAAAGUUCAAGAUGCCCAGCAUGGGCUUCUCCAAAACAGAUGUCAAAGGACCCAAAGUUGAUGUAGACCUUAGCCUGCCAAAAGUGGAUGUCACGCUUCCCUCCGCAGAUCUCAGCAUUACCAAACAAGAGCCGAAAAAAGGUGACCUGCAUGCAGAUAUCAGCGUCUCAGGCCCAGACGUCCACGUUCCCUCAGGCGAGGCUACCCUGGAAUUGAAAGCACCAGAAUUACAAAUGGAGGCACCUGCGGCGCAGAUUGCACUAGAUGGCACUGAGGUAAAGCUGGAAGGCGUAGACAGCAGGUUUAAAAUGCCCAAGUUCCACAUGCCAAAAUUUGGUGUGUCCCUUCCCAAAGGAUGGUCAACCGCAGAGGGUGAAAUCAUCUUGCCGUCUGUAGAUGUUGAAGUCACUAAGCCAGAACUGAAAGCGGAUGUGGCCCUGCCAUCAGUCGGAAUUGAAGGUGACAUUAAGCUGCCCCAGGCUGAGAUAGAAGCUCCAAGCUUCGAAGUAGAGCUUGAAGAAAAGGGAAAAUUUAAAACGCCAGACGUCAAGAUGCCCAGCGUCAAAAUGCCCAAGGGAAAGACACCACAAGUCGGAGUCAACCUGCCCAAGGUGGAAGCUGACGUCUCCCUUCCCAAAGGCCAGAUCGAGCUACCAGAAACAGAGGUCUCUGUCAAGGAUCCCAAGGCAGAAGGCAGCGUGGAGGGUGGAGGAAUGAAAAUUCAUAUGCCAAAGUUCAAGAUGCCCAGCAUGGGCUUCUCCAAAACAGAUGUCAAAGGACCCAAAGUUGAUGUAGACCUUAGCCUGCCAAAAGUGGAUGUCACGCUUCCCUCCGCAGAUCUCAGCAUUACCAAACAAGAGCUGAAAACAGGUGACCUGCAUGCAGAUAUCAGCGUCUCAGGCCCAGACGUCCACGUUCCCUCAGGCGAGGCUACCCUGGAAUUGAAAGCACCAGAAUUACAAAUGGAGGCACCUGCGGCGCAGAUUGCACUAGAUGGCACUGAGGUAAAGCUGGAAGGCGUAGACAGCAGGUUUAAAAUGCCCAAGUUCCACAUGCCAAAAUUUGGUGUGUCCCUUCCCAAAGGAUGGUCAACCGCAGAGGGUGAAAUCAUCUUGCCGUCUGUAGAUGUUGAAGUCACUAAGCCAGAACUGAAAGCGGAUGUGGCCCUGCCAUCAGUCGGAAUUGAAGGUGACAUUAAGCUGCCCCAGGCUGAGAUAGAAGCUCCAAGCUUCGAAGUAGAGCUUGAAGAAAAGGGAAAAUUUAAAACGCCAGACGUCAAGAUGCCCAGCGUCAAAAUGCCCAAGGGAAAGACACCACAAGUCGGAGUCAACCUGCCCAAGGUGGAAGCUGACGUCUCCCUUCCCAAAGGCCAGAUCGAGCUACCAGAAACAAAGGUCUCUGUCAAGGAUCCCAAGGCAGAAGGCAGCGUGGAGGGUGGAGGAAUGAAAAUUCAUAUGCCAAAGUUCAAGAUGCCCAGCCUGGGCUUCUCCAAAACAGAUGUCAAAGGCCCCAAACUUGAUGUAGACCUUAGCCUGCCAAAAGUGGAUGUCACGUUUCCCUCCGCAGAUCUCAGCAUUACCAAACCAGAGCUGAAAACGGGUGACCUGCAAGCAGGUAUCUGCAUCUCAGGCCCAGAUGUCCACGUUCCCUCAGGCGAGGCUACCCUGGAAUUGAAAGCACCAGAAUUACAAAUGGAGGCACCUGCGGCGCAGAUUGCACUAGAUGGCACUGAGGUAAAGCUAGAAGGCGUGGACAGCAGGUUUAAAAUGCCCAAGUUCCACAUGCCAAAAUUUGGUGUGUCCCUUCCCAAAGGAAAGUCAACUGCAGAGGGUGAAAUCGUCUUGCCGUCUGUAGAUGUUGAAUUCACUAAGCCAGAACUGAAAGAGGAUGUGGACCUGCCAUCGGUCGGAGUAGUAGGUGAGAUUAAGCUGCCCCAGGCUGAGAUUGAAGCUCCGAGCUUGGAAGUAGAGCUUGGAGAGAAGGGAAAAUUCAAAAUGCCAGAUGUCAAGAUGCCCAGCGCCAAAAUGCCCAAGGGUAAGACACAACAAGUCGGAGUCAGCCUGCCCAAGGUGGAAGCUGACGUCUCCCUUCCCAGAGGCAAGAUCAAGCUACCAGAAGCAGAGGUCUCUGUCAAGGUUCCUGAGGCAGAAGGCAGCGUGGAGGGUGGAGGAAUGAAAAUUCAUAUGCCAAAGUUCAAGAUGCCCAGCAUGGGCUUCUCCAAAACAGAUGUCAAAGGACCCAAAGUUGAUGUAGACCUUAGCCUGCCAAAAGUGGAUGUCACGCUUCCCUCCGCAGAUCUCAGCAUUACCAAACAAGAGCCGAAAACAGGUGACCUGCAUGCAGAUAUCAGCGUCUCAGGCCCAGACGUCCACGUUCCCUCAGGCGAGGCUACCCUGGAAUUGAAAGCACCAGAAUUACAAAUGGAGGCACCUGCGGCGCAGAUUGCACUAGAUGGCACUGAGGUAAAGUUGGAAGGCGUAGACAGCAGGUUUAAAAUGCCCAAGUUCCACAUGCCAAAAUUUGGUGUGUCCCUUCCCAAAGGAUGGUCAACCGCAGAGGGUGAAAUCAUCUUGCCGUCUGUAGAUGUUGAAGUCACUAAGCCAGAACUGAAAGCGGAUGUGGCCCUGCCAUCAGUCGGAAUUGAAGGUGACAUUAAGCUGCCCCAGGCUGAGAUAGAAGCUCCAAGCUUCGAAGUAGAGCUUGAAGAAAAGGGAAAAUUUAAAACGCCAGACGUCAAGAUGCCCAGCGUCAAAAUGCCCAAGGGAAAGACACCACAAGUCGGAGUCAACCUGCCCAAGGUGGAAGCUGACGUCUCCCUUCCCAAAGACAAGAUCGAGCUACCAGAAACAGAGGUCUCUGUCAAGGAUCCCAAGGCAGAAGGCAGCGUGGAGGGUGGAGGAAUGAAAAUUCAUAUGCCAAAGUUCAAGAUGCCCAGCCUGGGCUUCUCCAAAACAGAUGUCAAAGGCCCCAAACUUGAUGUAGACCUUAGCCUGCAAAAAGUGGAUGUCACGCUUCCCUCCGCAGAUCUCAGCAUUACCAAACCAGAGCUGAAAACGGGUGACCUGCAGGCAGAUAUCAGCGUCUCAGGCCCAGAUGUCCACGUUUCCUCAGGCGAGGCUACCCUGGCAUUGAAAGCACCAGAAUUACAAAUGGAGGCACCUGCGGCGCAGAUUGCACUAGAUGGCACUGAGGUAAAGCUAGAAGGCGUGGACAGCAGGUUUAAAAUGCCCAAGUUCCAUAUGCCAAAAUUUGAAGUGUCCCUUCCCAAAGGAAAGUCAACCGAAGAAGGUGAAAUCGUUUUGCCGUCUGUAGAUGCUGAAGUCACUAAGCCAGAACUGAAAGCGGAUGUGGCCCUGCCUUCAGUCGGAGUUGAAGGUGAGAUUAAGCUGCCCCAGGCUGAGAUCGAAGCUCCAAGCUUCGAAGUAGAGCUUGAAGAAAAGGGAAAAUUCAAAAUGCCAGAUGUCAAGAUGCCCAGCGCCAAAAUGCCCAAGGGAAAGACACGACAAGUCGGAGUCAGCCUGCCCAAGGUGGAAGCUGAUGUCUCCCUUCCCAAAGGCAAGAUCAAGCUACCAGAAGCAGAGGUCUCUGUCAAGGUUCCUGAAGCAGAAGGCAGCGUGGAGGGUGGAGGAAUGAAAAUUCAUAUGCCAAAGUUCAAGAUGCCCAGCAUGGGCUUUUCCAAAACAGAUGUCAAAGGCCCCAAACUUGAUGUAGACCUUAGCCUGCCAAAAGUGGAUGUCACGCUUCCCUCCGCAGAUCUCAGCAUUACCAAACCAGAGCUGAAAACAGGUGACCUGCAGGCAGAUAUCGGCGUUUCAGGCCCAGAUGUCCACGUUCCCUCAGGCGAGGCUACCCUGGAAUUGAAAGCACCAGAAUUACAAAUGGAGGCACCUGCGGCGCAGAUUGCACUAGAUGGCACUGAGGUAAAGCUGGAAGGCGUGGACAGUAGGUUUAAAAUGCCCAAGUUCCACAUGCCAAAAUUUGAAGUGUCCCUUCCUAAAGGAAAGUCCACUGCAGAGGGUGAAAUCGUCUUGCCGUCUGUAGAUGUUGAAGUCACUAAGCCAGAACUGAAAGCGGAUGUGGCCCUGCCUUCGGUUGGAGUUGAAGGUGACAUUAAGUUGGCACAGGCUGAGAUAGAAGCUCCGGGCUUGGAAGUAGAGCUUGGAGAGAAGGGAAAAUUCAAAAUGACAGAUGUCAAGAUGCCCAGGGCCAAAAUGCCCAAGGGUAAGACACGACAAGUCGGAGUCAGCCUGCCCAAGGUGGAAGCUGAUGUCUCCCUUCCAAAAGGCAAGAUCAAGCUACCAGAAGCAGAGGUCUCUGUCAAGGUUCCUGAGGCAGAAGGCAGCGUGGAGGGUGGAGGAAUGAAAAUUCAUAUGCCAAAGUUCAAGAUGCCCAGCAUGGGCUUCUCCAAAACAGAUAUCAAAGGACCCAAACUCGAUGUAGACCUUAGCCUGCCAAAAGUGGAUGUCACGCUUCCCUCCGCAGAUCUCAGCAUUACCAAACAAGAGCCGAAAACAGGUGACCUGCAGGCAGAUAUCAGCGUCUCAGGCCCAGACGUCCACGUUCCCUCAGGCGAGGCUACCGUGGAAUUGAAAGCACCAGAAUUACAAAUGGAGGCACCUGCGGCGCAGAUUGCACUAGAUGGCACUGAGGUAAAGCUGGAAGGCGUGGACAGCAGGUUUAAAAUGCCCAAAUUCCACAUGCCAAAAUUUGGUGUGUCCCUUCCCAAAGGAUGGUCAACCGCAGAGGGUGAAAUCGUCUUGCCGUCUAUAGAUGUUGAAGUCACUAAGCCAGAACUGAAAGCGGAUGUGGCCCUGCCAUCAGUCGGAAUUGAAGGUGACAUUAAGCUGCCCCAGGCUGAGAUCGAAGCUCCAAGCUUCGAAGUAGAGCUUGAAGAAAAGGGAAAAUUCAAAUCGCCAGAUGUCAAGAUGCCCAGCAUCAAAAUGCCCAAGUGUAAGACACCAAAGGUGGAUUCUGACAUCUCCUUUCCCAAAGGCAAGAUCAACCUACCAGAAAGAGAGAUCUCUGUCAAGGUUCCCGAGGCAGAAGGCAGCGUGGAGGGUGGAAGAAUGAAAAUUCAUAUGCCAAAGUUCAGCAUGCCCAGCAUGGGCUUCUCCAAAACAGAUGUCAAAGGUCCCAAACCUGAUGUAGACCUUAGCCUGCCAAAAGUGGAUGCCACGCUUCCCUCUGCAGAUCUCAGCAUUACCAAACCAGAGCUGAAAACAGGUGACCUGCAGACAGAUAUCGGCAUCUCAGUCCCAGAUGUCCACAUUCCUUCAGGUGAGGCUUCCCUGGAAUUGAAAGCACCAGAAUUACAAAUGGAUACACCUGCGGCACCAAUUGCCCUAGAUGGCACUGAGGUAAAGCUGGAAGGUGUGGACAGCAGGUUUAAAAUGCCCAAGUUCCACAUGCCAAGAUUUGGCAUGUCACGUCCCAAAGGAAAAGCAGCUGCAGAAGGUGAACUCGCCUUGCCGUCCCUAAAUGUUGAAGUCACUAAGCCAGAACUGAAGGCAGAUGUCACCCUUCCCUCGGUCGGAGUAGAAGGUGACAUUAAGUUGCCCCAGACGGAGAUCGAAGCGGCAAGCUUGGAAGUAGAGGGAAAAUUCAAAAUGCCAGAUGUCAAGAUUCCCAGCGUCCAAAUGCCCCAGGGCAAGACACAACAAGUGGGAGUCAGCCUGCCCAAGGUGGAAGCUGACGUCUCCCUUCCCAAAGGCAAGAUCGAGCUGCCAGAAGGAGAGGUCUCUGUCAAGGUUCCCGAGGCAGAAGGCAUCGUGGAGGGUGGAGGAAUGAAAAUUCACAAGCAAAAGUUCAAGAUGCCCAGCAUGGGCUUCUCCAAAACAGAUGUCAAAGGACCCAAAGUUGAUGUAGACCUUAGCCUGCCAAAAGUGGAUGUCACGCUUCCCUCCGCAGAUUUCAGCAUUACCAAACCAGAGCUGAAAACAGGUGACCUGCAGACAGACAUCAGCGUCUCAGGCCCAGAUGUCCAUGUUCCUUCAGGUGAGGCUUCCCUGGAAUUAAAAGCACCAGAAUUACAAAUGGAAACACCUGCUGCACAGAUUGCCCUAGAUGGUAGUGAGGUAAAGCUGGAAGGGGUGGACAGCAGGUUUAAAAUGCCCAAGUUCCACAUGCCAAGAUUUGGCAUGUCUCGUCCCAAAGGAAAAGCCGCUGCACAAGGUGCCUUGCCAUCCCUAGAUGUUGAAGUCACUGAGCCAGAACUGAAAACGGAUGUGACCCUUCCUUCGGUCGGAGUAGAAGGUGACAUUAAGUUGCCCCAGGUGGAGAUCGAAGGGCCGAGUUUGGAAGUAGAAGGAAAAUUCAAAAUGCCAGAUGUCAAGAUGCCCAGCGUCCAAAUGCCCCAGGGCAAGACCCCACAAGUGGGAGUCAGCCUGCCCAAGGUGGAAGCUGAUGUCUCCCUUCGCAAAGGCAAGAUCGAGCUGCCAGAAGGAGAGGUCUCUGUCAUGGUUUCCGAGGCAGAAGGCAGCGUAGAGGGUGGAGGAAUGAAAAUUCAUAUGCCAAAGUUCAAGAUGCCCAGCAUGGGCUUCUCCAAACAAGAUGCCAAAGGCCCCAAAGUUGAUUUAGACCUUAGCCUGCCAAAAGUGGAUGUCACGCUUCCCUCCGCAGAUCUCAGCAUUACCAAACCAGAGCUGAAAACAGGUGACCUGCAGACAGACAUCAGCGUCUCAGGCCCAGAUGUCCACGUGCCUUCAGGGGAGGCUUCCCUGGAAUUAAAAGCACCAGAAUUACAAAUGGAAACACCUGCGGCACAGAUUGCCCUAGAUAGCACUGAGGUAAAGCUGGAAGGCGUAGACAGCAGGUUCAAAAUGCCCAAGUUCCACAUGCCAAGAUUUGGCAUGUCUCGUCCCAAAGGAAAAGCCACUGCAGAAGGUGAACUCGUCUUGCCAUCUCUAGAUGUUGAAGUCACUAAGCCAGAACUGAAAACGGAUGUGACCCUUCCAUCGGUCGAAGUAGAAAGUGACAUUAAAUUGCCCCAGGUGGAAAUUGAAGGGCCAAGUUUGGAAGUAGAAGGAAAAUUCAAAAUGCCAGAUGUCAAGAUGCCUAGCAUCAAAAUGCCCCAGGCCAAGACACCACAAGUGGGAGUCAGCCUGCCCAAGGUGGAAGCUGAUGUCUCCCUUCCCAAAGGCAAGAUCGAGCUGCCAGAAGGAGAGGUCUCUGUCAAGGUUCCCGAGGCAGAAGGCAGCGUAGAGGGUGGAGAAAUGAAAAUUCAUAUGCCAAAGUUCAAGAUGCCCAGCAUGGGCUUCUCCAAAACAGAUAUCAAAGGCCCCAAAGUUGAUGUAGACCUUAGCCUGCCAAAAGUGGAUGUCACGCUUCCCUCCGCAGAUUUCAGCAUUACCAAACCAGAGCUGAAAACAGGUGACCUGCAGACAGACAUCGGCGUCUCAGGCCCAGAUGUCCACGUUCCUUCAGGUGAGGCCUCCCUGGAACUGAAAGCCCCAGAAUUACAAAUGGAAGCAUCUGCGGCACAGAUUGCCCUAGAUGGUAGUGAGGUAAAGCUGGAAGGCGUAGACAGCAGGUUUAAAAUGCCCAAGUUCCACAUGCCAAGAUUUGGCAUGUCUCGUCCCAAAGGAAAAGCCGCUGCACAAGGUGAACUCGCCUUGCCAUCUCUAGAUGUUGAAGUCACUAAGCCAGAACUGAAAACGGAUGUGACCCUUCCAUCGGUCGAAGUAGAAAGUGACAUUAAAUUGCCCCAGGUGGAAAUUGAAGGGCCAAGUUUGGAAGUAGAAGGAAAAUUCAAAAUGCCAGAUGUCAAGAUGCCCAGCAUCAAAAUGCACCAGGCCAAGACACCACAAGUGGGAGUCAGCCUGCCCAAGGUGGAAGCUGAUGUCUCCCUUCCCAAAGGCAAGAUCGAGCUGCCAGAAGGAGAGGUCUCUGUCAAGGUUCCCGAGGCAGAAGGCAGUGUGGAGGGUGGAGGAAUGAAAAUUCAUAUGCCAAAGUUCAAGAUGCCCAGCAUGGGCUUCUCCAAACAAGAUGCCAAAGGCCCCAAAGUUGAUGUAGACCUUAGCCUGCCAAAAGUGGAUGUCACGCUUCCCUCCACAGAUCUCAGCAUUACCAAACCAGAGCUGAAAACAGGUGACCUGCAGACAGACAUCAACGUCUCAAGCGCAGAAGUCCAUGUUCCUUCAGGCCAAACUUCCUUGGAAUUAAAAGCACCAGACUUACAAAUAGAAGUACCUGCAGCAGAAAUUGCUUUAGAUGCCACAGAGGCUAAACUGGAAGGCGUGGACAGCAGAUUUAAAAUGCCCAAGUUCCACAUGCCAAGAUUUGGCAUGUCUCGUCCCAAAGGAAAAGCUACUGCCGAAGAUGAACUCGCCUUGCCGUGUACAGAUGAUGAAAAAACUAAGCCAGAACUGAAAGCUGAUGUAACCGUUCCCUCAUUUGAAUCUGAAGGUGACAUUAAGCUGCCCCAGGCUGAGAUCGAAGCGCCGAGCUUGGAAGUAGAGGUUGGAGAGAAGGGAAAAAUCAAAAUGCCAGAUGUCAAGGUGCCCAGCAUCAAAAUGCCCAAGACCCAGACACCAGAAGUGGGAGCCAGUCUGCCCAAGGUGGAAGCUGACGUCUCCCUUCCCAAAGGAAAGAUCGAGCUUCCAGAAGCAGGGGUCUCUGUCAAGGUUCCUGAGUUAGAAGGCAGCAUGGAGGAUGGAGGAAUGAAAAUGCACAUGCCAAAGUUCAAGAUGCCUGUCAUGGACUUCUCAAAACCAGAUGUCAAAGGCCCCAACAUUGACAUGGAUCUUAGUUUGCCAAAAGUGGAUGCUACACUUCCUGUUGGUGAUGUCAGCAUUACCAAAUCAGCAAUUAAAACAGAUGAACUCCAGACAGAUGGGGAAAUUACAAAAAGUCAACCCCUUGAAAAGGACACUGCAGAAAAAGAAAGUAAAUUUAAGAUGCCAAAAUUCAAAUUACCAUCUUUUAGCUGGUCUCCAAAAAAGGAAACGAGUCUUUCUGCUCAUAUUGGUGCAAAUUUAGAUGAUUCCUCAAUUGCAGUUUCAACACAAGAACCUGAGUUAACACUCACUGUGGAAGAAGUAACUGCUAGUGAUGUUAAAAAAGGCAUUAAAAUGUCCAAAGUAAAACUCCCCAGUUUAGAAUUUUCAAAACCAGAAAUUAAAGCUCCCAAAAUGGAUAUGGAGGCCAGCUUAACUAAAAGUGAUAUCCAAGUUCCUACGCUUGAUAUUGGUCUUUCUGAACCAGUAAUAAGACCAGGCGAUAUUAGUGGUGAUUUUAGUAAAGCAGCAGCAGAAAUUAAAGUUCCUAUGAUUAAAAGUCCCGAAGUAAGUUUGGAGAGACUAUCCACUGAAAUAUCAGUAGAUGGAGCAGAGUUAAGAAGUGUCACCAAUGAUGGGAAGAUUAAAAGAUCAAAAUUCCAAAUGCCAAAGUUUGGAAUUUCAUUUCCUAAAGGAAAAGUUCCAGAAGCUGGUAUCAGUCUACCGUCCGAGGGUAUUGAUGUUCCGCAAUUGAAAACAACAACAGAUAUUGGUGAUAUAGCAGUGGAAGCUCCAACAUAUGAAGUUGAGUAUGAUAGCACUUGUGCAGAAAAGAAGGUUUUGGAAGAGAAUAUAAAAAUUUCCCAAAUUCCUACAGCUGACUUGAAGACAGCAGUGGACAUCAAAGUGCCAUCAGAUGGUUUUUCUUUGGAACAGCCAGAGACAGAGACUCCAUUUUCAGAUGCUACUGAAACAAAACCAGAGAAAGAGAUGAAGACUGGAAGUUUAGAUGCAGAACAGAAAGAAGGAAAUUUCAAAAUGCCAAAAUUCAAGUUGCCAUCAUUUAACUGGUCCCCUAAAAAAGAGGCAACAAUUAAAACUAAUAUAAAAGAAUCUCUAGAAGAACCGAAACUUACUGCGUAUACAGAUGCAGAACUAAAAAUAGUUCUGUCACAAGAUCAAGAAGUCCAAAUGGAUGAAGAUGCUGAAUCAUCUAUCAAAAAAAGUCAGUCGAAAAGGUCUCAUUUUAUUAUGCCUAAAAUCUCUCUCACUAAGACCAAGCUAGCAAAAUCGCAGGAUAAAGUAGAGACAGAUAUUACUGUGGAAAGAGAUGGUGAUGUGGUACAAAUACCUGACAUAGAAAGCAGUUUUACCACAAAGAAAGAAGAAGAAAUGGAAAUAAGCAUAAAAAUGCCAAAAGGCAUAUCAAAAUCUGAACUGAAAGCUCCCCACGUAGAUACAGACAUUACCUUAUCCAAAGGUGGUAUUGAAGUAUACACAGUAGAUAGUUCAUCUGAAAUGAGGAGUUCUGAAAUUGGCUUAGAAGGUGAUAUAGUUGUAGAAAGAGGAAGUGUAACAACUGAAGACAAGGAGGGGAAGAUCCGCUUGCUAAAACUCCAAAUGCCAAAAUUUGGAAUUGCAGUUCCUAAACAAGAAUGGCCAGAGAGCAGCAUCACCUCAACAGAAAUGGAAUCCAGAGUACCUCAAAAGCAACUUACAAUAGAAACAGAUGGACUUAGUGGAGAAAUUCCAACUUUAGAAGUUAAAACUGAUGCCAGUGACACAAAGGUUUCAGCUGGAAAAAUUAAAAUGGCACAAACAGCCAGAGGUGAGAUCAAAGCAUCUGACUCAUCUGUUGUCAGUCCUGAUGAAAAGGAUGUAAAAUCCCAAGGAGAACUUGAAGCUAAAUCUGGAGAAGUUCAGAUUGAAGAUUCACAGGGUUGGUUUAAAAUGCCAAAAUUCAGGAUGCCUUCAUUUGGUAGAUCAAAGGGAAAGAAAGAUGAUAUUGAAGUUGAAGUCAGCACUGGAAAAGCUCCAAUUGCUGAAGGAGAACUUGAAAUAUCAGCUUCUGAAGUUGAAAUAGAGUCUGCCCAUGUAGAUAUGGAAUCAUGUGCUGGAAAGAAUCUUUUUGAAGGCAAAGAGAUUACAGACAGUGGAAUUUCGGUACAGAAAGAAAAGGAAUUUGAUGUUGGCCUAUUAGAUGAAGGCAGACUUUCACAACUCUCUGGAAAAGCAGACCAUAAACUAACUGCUCUGGGGACUAAAAUCACUGAAGAAGAUUUUGAAAUAAUAGACUUCCCAAUAGAGGGUUUUGAAAAAGAUGCACUCACAGAAGACAAAGUGAAAGUAGAAGAUGCAGAUGGGUUGAGUAAAGCCAAAACAUCUAAAUUUAAGAUGCCAAAAUUUGGCAAUCUGCGUACUAAACCAAAAGUUUCAGAAGUUCUUAUUGAACCAGCCAAGAUGGAGAUUGAGGGGACACCAGGGAUAACCGAAGACGUGAUAUUAGGCAUUCAGACUCAAAGUGGCGUAUGUUCUGCUGAUAUGAAAAUUACAAAGACAGAUUUUACAGAAGAACCAAUAGAGUUUAUAGAUAAACACUUUGAAGAUUCAGAACAAAGUUUCCAUAUUACCAAAUUUAAAAUGCCCAAGUUCAUAUACAGAACAUCUACAGUGGAAGAACAAAGUUUGCCUUCAGAAGGGACAGUAGAUAAGAAAUCUACUGGUAUUGAUACUGAUAGUGCACUUCAACCAGAAUUCAGAACUACAUUACUUGAAGAGAAAAUAGAAAGCCAAGAUAGUGUCCAAAAAUCAAAAGUCAAGAUUACAACAUUGUCUGAACCUACCAUUCAAAGAACACACAUGGAAUCCAAACUCCCUUCUACAGAGUCUUCUUUUGAAGAAACAACACACAUCAAGAGGCCAACGGAAUUCAGUUGUGGAUUUCCUGCAGAGAUAAAACAGACCACAGAUGGUAAAAUCCAAAAAUCAGUUGCAAAAAUUAGCACAGUAAGGGAGCCAGACAUUCAGACAACACAACUUGAAAUUAAACUCCCAUCAGAUGAAUCAUUUAUCUCAAGUAAACCAUUGCCUAUGCAAGGACCCUACAAAAAGAGCAAAGAGAUAAAAAUAGUCAGUAAAUCUGAAUUUAGCAAGGGCGAUGAGGAGGAGUCUUUCUCAACUCAAAUAGUGAGAGAAUCUGAGAUCCCUCCCUCAGAAGUUAAAACUGCUGCCUAUGGGUUUUCUCUUCUCAAAGUGAAAAUCCAGGAAUCACAUGUGACUGUAGAUAAACCAGUCAAAUUAUCUUCAGCUGAAUAUAUGAAUGAAACGUUUGAAAGUAAAGAUCACCAACCAUCUGAUGAAAGUUCAGAACAACCAACACAAAAGACUGGUUUCACUGAAAUGAAGUUAUCUCACAAAGGUGAAGACAGCGGAUUUACUGAAGGCCUGACUUCCACUACUACACUGACAAAAGUGAAAGCAUUCACCGUUGAAGUACAAUCUUCCAGUGACUUUUCAGAGAGCCAUCAUGAUAAGCACCCAGAAGAGAUGUCUGAAUCUGCUAUAGCAGUUACAGAAGAAACUAAAAUUGUACGUACUGAAGCAGAGCCAACCGAUCAAAAAGAAAAAUCUGAUAGUAAGAGAUCUCCCGGUCGGUUUAAAUUUUGGUUUCAGAAUAUUGGGUAUUCAUCCUCUGCUGAUGAUGCAACCUCAGAUUCCAAACCUGAAGAUCAAAAAUCAUUUCCAGAAACCGAGCCUGAUGAACCAUCCACAUCGGAGAGUGAGUCUUCCAAACAAACUGAGAAAGCUGGGUGGUUUAGACUUCCCAAGUUAGGUUUUUCAUCUCCAACAAAAAAGAGCAAGGAAACUGGCAAAGAAGAAGAUCUAGAUCGAACAGACAAAAAUCAGGAUGAUGAAAGUCCAACAGAAAAAACAGAAACUUUUUUUGAUGCACAAGAAACCUUACCACCUAAAGAUACAAUCACAGAGAAAGAAGGAGGAGAAAUCUCAGGAGCCUUACCUUGUGAGCCCAUUGUUUCAUCUUCAGCAAGAACUGAACUGAUCCUGCUAGAGAAAGAGAAAGCUACACUCCAAAGCAUUCCAGAAGAGGCAUCAAAAUAAGCUGGUCCUCCCCCUUAAUUUAAAACCUAUUCAAACUGAAGGAAGUUAAAAAGCAAACAUUUUGAAACACCAGAAAAUACAUUGCCUUCUUUGUAGCAUACAGAAAGAAUACGUUACAUUAAAUUACAAGGAUCAAACAUAUUUUGUAUAUUCCAUUUGUGUUUACAAGUUAAUACAUAGAUAAAUAGUUCCUAAGAAAGAGAUUCGUUGUGUGAGAAAUGUGUAUAAAAAAACAAGAACAGACAAGCAAAACUACUGAUUUAAAAAAAACCAACAACGAUCCUUUCUGCUUUCCAUAGAAUAACACUUUCUUUAAGUCAGUCUGGAGGAAGAAAAAACUGGACAGGAGAUUAAAUGUCGAUAAUCAAAGAAUGAUUUGUUCUAGAUUGUUUUCAGAAAAUAGAAGAAGCUAGUGCUGGAAAAAUAAGUAUCAUGUUUCCUUUUUUUAAAGUUUAUUUUUCUAACUGUAUUUCUGCUGCUAUCAUAUGAAAGAAUAUAUAUUUUCAUUAUAUUUGAACAAUAGGUAUAUUGCAGGAUCAUUUUAAACAUAGACCAAAUGGCAAUAGUACUAUCAAUGUUAAGCAGUCUAGUCUACAAUGCAGUUCAUCUAAUGUAUCAGGAGCUAAAGCAAUUUAAUACCAUUUAUACUUGCAUCAGCAUACCUAUCUAUUGUAUUCCUGAAAUGGUAAUAUUAUAAUCCCGUGUUUUCUGAUGUUCUGGCACAGCUGUAGUAGCCUGUUCUGACCACUUAUAUACCAGGAAAGCACAGCUAAAGGCUGUUUCUGAAAUGUCUUUUCAUUGUCAGCCAUCUUCAUGCCAAUGUCCUAAGCUCUGGGUCAGUGUGCCUUUUGGAGUUUUCUGCAUUAUACAUGUCACACACAAAAAUAAUGCUUGCACUUACACCCAUUUUAUUAAAAAAUGGAUUGCAUUUGCUAUUGUGGUUAAAGCCACUGUAUAUGUUUUUAGGCUUCUGUACUGAGGAGCCAAAAGAUAACUCCAGUAUAUGGCAAGAGAUGUACAUGCUUAGCUUUUCACAGACUGGAAGAUACUAAGGCCUCUUCCACACUGCCCCUAUAUCCCAGAUUAUCAUUUUAUCCUAGAUUAUCUGGUAGUGGAGACUCAUAUAAUCCAGUUUAAAUCAGAUAAUGGCCCCAACACACUGAAACAUUUUCCACUUUUACAGUGAAGGCAUCCAACAGACCGAUCAUGCAAUAGCUUAAAGUAAGGUGUAUAUAAUAAUUUAAAUUUCUGUUUCAUUUGGUCCUGUAAAACAGCAAGAAUUUAGCUACUUCCUGCUGUCUCAAAUUUCUCAUUAGGUACAGAAAAGUAGUUAAAAAAAUAAUACUACUUCACAGGAAACUACAGUUGGCAUUCAAGGUGUGUGCUUACAUAAAUAUAGUAUCAAUUAUCAUUUGCCAUAUUUACUUCUAGACAAACUUUUGUGAAUGCAACCAUUGAGUGUUUUUUUUGUGUCCAUCUGCUCCGUGGUAAAGAUAAUUUUCCCUCAUAUCAGAUAGAGUUUAGAAAUUGAGAUGUUCUGGAACUACAGCUCUUAGAAUUCCCUAAUCCACAUCGCCAUAGGCCAUGCUGAGUAAAGGAUUUUUCAAACCAUGGUCUCAAAAUAAGAGCAUUUCAGCACUAGUAUCAGGUACAAACAUGUAGUCACAGCUAGAUGAUAACUUAUACAAGCCUAAACACAGGCACUGGGCAGACUAGAUUUCUGUUUUUCUGCCUGUGUGCCUGAAAUAACCUUGACAUGAAUGCAUCAGACCAUUCAAAAGUGCCAUUCAUUGACAUCAGUCUUAAGACAAGAGUUUUAAGAUCUCAACAAAAAGAACCUUCUGAACCAGACUUUAGCAUCAGAACAGGAGUCCCAUUCAGUGGAGCUGAAGUAUCUUAAGAUCAGUUACUUCAGUAUGACUGGAAAUUCACAUGUAAAUUCUUUCAAAAAUAUCAAGCCAGGAGUUUAGUCUAAGGCGUGUAUACAGGAAGGAGCCUAUGCAAGUACAGUCGUUUUAAAGCUUUCCUAGAGAUAUAAGUUGUAAAUAAUUAUCAUUUGCCUUUUAGAUGAUUUUUUAAAAAUGCUUCUUGCAAGUCUGCAGCCAACGAGGUAGUACAUACCUGUUUAAAUAUUGUGCUUAUGUAAUGACAAGAAUGUCUAAUGUAUCCUGGGUUAUCCUCCUGAUGUGGAAAUAAAAAAUAUUAUCAACAGAA